CGAUAUCUCUUUCUUUCACUCCUCUGUUAAAUAGAAUAGACUCUCUCACUUCAUUCCGAGUCUCAUAUACCAGAAUAUACUAAAGGUACUGCAACAUGCUCAUCACGCGCGGAUUCUCCUUGACGAACUUCGUUAUCGCCAGCUCGGCUCUUUGUUUCCAAGUCUUUGUCCUCUACCCCUGGCACCACAAGCUGGAGGACGACUUUAAACAACUAAAGAGCGAGCACCUGCGUCUGCUCAAAGAGAACGAGGAGGGCCGGGUGAAGGAGUUGAAAAGCAUCAAAGAACACCUCGGACUUCUGCAUCAGAAAGGCCAGCUGUGAUCGGAGGUCUAUGACUCUAGUGUGUCCACUUGCUUCUGCCAUGCGUUUUCUAGUUCGGCUUAGAAUAUAGAUUGCGAUCGCAUAGAAGGACGGGAAUUGUACAUAUCACGCCCUAAUCGAAAAGAUCUCGUGAUUUCUUGCCACCUAAGAUCACCCUUAAAAGUCCUGUGGUCUCAGCUCAAAGAAUCGGCUGAGUGUUAUCGAACAUUCCUUGCUUACUGCAAAUCCUCUGCUCACAUCAGCUGACUUGAAAGAUCUUCCAUAGCAUUUCAGAACCUAUCCAUGGCCAAGCCCACAAGCAAACACGAGGACAUACCCUCAC